AUGGCUCUGAAUGCAUAUUUCAGCCGUCAGCGCCGCAUCAGUCAGUUCAACCUGGGCAACACAGUGCUGGUCAGCGGCAUCAACAACGACGACUUUUAUCUGGGAUUCCUGCAGGAUAUUAAAGGCGACCGCUUUUUCAUUGAUUUCGAUUCAAGCCAGCAGCCGGCGCAGUGGGUGCCUAUCAACCGCAUAUGGCACCACGCGCGAAGUAGCAUUCUGAUGAUUAGCGAUCCACGAGAUGUCUACGUGGCUGUACGCCAGGAAGACGGCGGACCGUACACUUUUCGACCAGCUAAACUUCUGCGUAGCUUUAGUCAUGAGAGCCAAUGGCUGUGCUGCGUCAGUGUUGGUUCUCACUGUGGUACUUCAUCCACAGGGAACGAGCAAUCCGAUCUGCAGGUUGUGCAUGCCUGGCAGCUGAUUCACCGCCUGCCGAGCAAUCGUCGUGUGGAGAGAAUCUGCCAGCUGCCCUUUAAAAAAGUGGUAUUCCGUUCCAGCCGAGUGAAUUCUGCACUUAGCGGGAUUCAAGAACAGAAUAUUGUCGAUAUGCUGCAUUUGGAAUUUCGUGAUGGCUAUAUACCGUUGGUCGAAGUUUGUGCAUUGUGGAACGCUAUACUGGGAGACCCGGCCUCAGCGCCCUACGUUACUAUGGACUGGGCCGCCUUUAGUUCCCAGCAGCCACAACGUUCCGAAACAGAAGGCUACCGCCUCGGAAUGCUACUGCACCGCGUCGUCAGCAAGAGCACCAAAACACUGGCACUUAUCAAUAUGCAGCACCGCGCAGACACCUUGAGCCAAGCCGUUUCGGUCGUCGUCGAACUGCUGCGUCUGAAGCCCAUAAUUCCAAUUAUUAUUGUGAAGAACCCCCGCGCCGGCAUCGAGAGGGUGCCAAUAGCGGGGAUAAUCAACUGGAGCCGUCCAGAGCUGGCAAAAAUCCGCUUCCAGCUGCUGCCAUUGAAAGCUGUAUGUCAGCGGUUGCUAGUGAGCAACUUCACGGUAUGCUUCUCUCACAUUCUUCUACCGAAGUUUUAUCCCGAAAUGCCUAAGUACUGCAGCCAGAAGCCCCGAAACCUUAAGCUGUUCAUAAAGAUUCCAAUUAUGAGAUUUCGCAAAGACGAGUGGGACGACGGAUGGACACAACAGUACAAAGCCGAACUCAAUCGCCAUUGUCCGCCGGUUACCUCGGCUAUCGUCGAUAAACUUCGACGUCGGCAUAUGCGCUGGCUAGGAAGUGUUCCUUAUCCCGGCAAGAAAUGGGCCGCACUACGGAUGUUUCUUGAAUUCUACGGAGAGUGUCCGACAGCCGAUAUUGUUACAUACUGGCGCGACUUGGAUUUGAGAAACUUUGAAAAUAUCUCUCGCUGUAAUUUGGCUCCGAUGAUGCUCGCCUAUCAUUAUAUUUCUUCCUUUGAUUCAUAA